AUGCCAAGAGUAGGAAGAAGAGGUAACACUCCGAAGGCUACCCAACAGCGAGACCACCAAGCACAGAAGCAACAGCAGCGGGAUGGCAAAGAACCAAUACCAGCUGCAGGUGCCGCUGGAGCUGCUAAUGCUACAGGGAGCAUAGAAACAGAUGAAAUACCGUCCAAGAUACUAUUAUCCAUGUUGAAAACAUUAAAUCUCUCCUUCGAAAGAGAUAUUGGAAUGUUGAACGGUAAAAAUGUUAGAUCGGUCCCUGAUAGGAAAACAUUGGUCGAAUUACAAAACCAAUUAAAUACUUUGAAUGAAUUGUUUGAGAGGAUUGAACAAAACGAUGAGGAAACUAUUGCUUCCAUUAAGAAUAUACAGAAUGAUAAAAAUAAUGAAAAAAAAUCUAUUACUAAUAAUAAUAAUAAUAUCGAAAAAACGACAACAACGACGGCGGCUACUACUAAAAAAAUCAAGCAAUUUGAUCUACCGAAAGCUCCUAAGGCCCAAUUACUAAAAGAACAAGAAAAACAAAAACAAAAACAAAUAGAGGAAGAACAACAACGAAAAAGCAAUGCAGAAUCAGCAGUUAACGAUGACGAGGAAGUUAUUUAUGAUAAAGAGAAACCAUCCUCAGAAGAACCAUUAUCAUCACUAGUGGAAAAGAAAGAAAAAAUAGAUACUGCGAAUGCUGAAAUAACGCCUGAUAAAGUCACAUUAGAAGAAACAGAUAAAUUGAAGAAAGAAUCGAACAUUCCUGAUGAGAAUCAAGAGGAAUUAGAAACUCCAAAAUUCAUUGACUCAACAACAGAGAUCGAUGAUAUAGAUAGUACUAAAUUGAAUGAAUUAAACGUUCAACCGGAUAGAGUGGAAUCCAUGACAAUUCCAGAAUCCCAAAAACGUGCUUUAUCACCAUCAUUAUCUGAUGAAACUACUCCAGCGGUAAAGAAACUCAAACAUAAUAACGAUCUUGAUGACGUGGAUAGAAUGGAAAAUGAUCCCUCUGUGAAGAAUCCAAAAUCAGAGUUCGUUGUGUCACAAACAUUGCCUAUAGCGGCAGCAGCAUUAGGAUUAUUCAAUGAAGAAGGCUUGGAAAGCACAGGUGAAGAUUACUUAAAGAAAAAAUAUAAUGUGGCAAGUUAUCCAACAAAUGAUUUAAAGGAAUUAUUACCAGGUGAAUUGCCAGAUAUGGAUUUCUCACAUCCGAAACCAGCAAACCAAAUUCAAUAUAAUACAUUCUUAACCUCUAUUGAAAAUUUCCUUCGAAAUCUUGAUGAAAAUGAUUUGAAAUUCAUAAAGGAGACAUAUAUCAUUCCAAAAUCUUUAGAAUUAGACAAGACAUACGAUCCAAACGUUACACCAUUUAUUAUUCCAAGUUUGGGCCCACUGUAUACUGAACAAUGGUAUAAAGAAGAUAAUAAUCAAAAUCUCGGUAACAUUUCUCCACCUCCAAUUAGUGAUCCAACAAUUAUAUUACCCCGGAAUGACGUGGCGAAUUUGAAUGAUAAUCUAUUAGAAUCUGAAGAAAUAUCGUGUGGUCCAUUGGUUUCAAGAUUGUUAUCUGCAAUAUUAUCUGAAGGUGAAUAUAAAAGCGAUCUUGAUUUCUCCGAUGAUAGUAAUAAUAAAAAAAUUGCUUUGAAGAAAGAAAAUAGUGUAAUAGCAGACAAUCUAUCACCAACAGAAAGCAAUAACAAUAAUAGCGAUAUGAUGAUGAUGAAUGAUUCUCAUUCCGUAGUGAGCAUUCAGACACCCAACACAGACAUUAAAGAAGAAGAUAAUGAUGAUAUGGAAGCAGAACGUUUGAAACAUAAUCUUAUAACUCUUGGUACAACAAGUUCGUUACCAAAUGAACGAGAUUGGGAAAUUAAUAGUGUUAACUUAGAUUACCCCACUUUUGAAGAACGUUUGAAAAGAGAAUUGAAAUACGUUGGCAUAUAUAUGAAUAUUCCAAAAGAUGAAAAUUCCACUACUACUACUAAUUCGAAUAUAUCGUCCAGUACGAAUGAUGAAUUGGAUUGGAUUCAUGGUAGAGAAGAUGAUGAAAUUAGUGCAGAGUUAAGAGAAUUACAAAAUUCAUUAAAACAAGUUACUUUGAAAAAUCAAAAAAGGAAAGAAGCUUUGAAGCCUAUAAUAGAGAGACAAUUAGCUUGGCAAGAAUAUGAAUCAAUUUUAGAUGAUUUAGCUAAGCAAGUGGAUCAAGCCUACAUUAAGAGAAUUAGAGUACCUAAGAAAAGAAAGAAGCAUCAUGUGUCUGGUAGUAGUGCUACUGCCAACAGUAGUACAAGCGGAAGUAGUACUGGUGGUACCGCGUCUCAAAUUGCCCAGCAAAAAGCUGCUAAUUCAAGUUUGAAAUCAUUAUUAGAGAAAAGACAACGAUGGAUAAAUAAAAUUGGUCCAUUGUUUGAUACAUAUGAAGUUAUGAAACGAAUCCCCAAAGAAAGCGUCUUUAAAGAUAUUAUGGAACAGGAAGAUAAUGAAGAAGAAGAGGAAGAAGCUGAUGUUUUCGGACAAGAUGGAGCUAAUAAAGAUGAUGAAUUAGUAGGGACAUGA